AUGCCUGGUUAUGAGCACAUCUUAGCUGUAGCAGAUGAAGAUGAUUGGAUAGCACAUGGCAAUGCUAUCUUUGACAUUGCAUGGUUGAACUCAGAACCACAACUCCUGACUGCAUCUGGUGACCAAACUGCCGUCCUGUGGAAUGUGGAACCAGUUGUCAAGAUUGCUACCUUUGAAGGCCACAGCUGUAGUUUAAAAUCUAUUAGUUGCCGUAGUGAUGACAAGUUUGUGUUUUCGACAUGUGCCCGAGAUGGUAAUAUUAUGAUAUGGGACACUAGGUGUAAUAAAAGAGAUACUCAUUACACACCAGUCAAUAUAAUCCACAGUGCACAUGUCAAUGUAGCCUCAACGACUCCGAAGCAACGCAAAAAAGUCAGACUUUGUAACACCAAACCUGCCAGUGAUUCUCAACAGAGUGUAACUGCUGUUGUAUUCCAGGAUGAAAAUACAUUGAUUUCUGCUGGUGCUAUGGAUGGGUCAAUAAAAAUGUGGGAUUUGAGAAAAAAUUACAAAAGAAUGAAUAAAGAGCCGAUGCCUAAACAUGUUUUUCCAUAUGCUGGCAGCAGUGCACGUAAACGAGGAUUUUCCAAUCUUCUGUUGAAUUCUACAAGGUCUUGUGUGUUCGCAAGCUGCACUGAUGACAUCAUUUAUCAAUACGACUGCGCAGGACUGUGUACCUCGCCUGUAGCCCGGUAUACUGGUCAUCUCAAUUCCACAUUCUAUGUCAAAGCAGCACUAUCAUCUGAUGAUAAUUACCUACUUAGUGGGUCUAGUGAUGAUACUGCUUAUAUCUGGCAGGUUAGGGAUGCUUUAUUUAUAAUCUUGUUUCAAUCCAAUAAGUCUUCACUUUAA